GCGGCCGCGGCUGCUGCUCGGAUGGGGCCACCUUAACGGCGGAGUCGGGGUCUGGCGGCGCGCCCAGCUCCGCCUCCGCCGCGGCGCGCUCCGCCCCCGGCCCCGCCCGCUCGGCUCGGGGCGAGCCCGAGAACCCCGGGCCGGCCCGAGUUAGCUGGAGCCGUUGCCAUGACAAGCGUUUUCUCCGCGAGGCUCCGCUCCUGACGCCGCGUCCGGAGCCCUGGGGGUCGCGAGGCAGCCUCGAACUUGCCAGGAGGGCUGCAUCCCUGGGACGCCUGACAGAGCCGAGGCCCCCGCCCAGCUCCCCUGCGUCGCGCGUCUUCUUCCAGGAGCCCGGGCAGGGCCGGGGAGGAGACCCAGCCAGCCUACUCCCCCCCGGCGGCCUCGGGAGCGGCGAGGCGGUCGUCUCGGCCCCGGCGAGAGCGGAGUGGGGAGGGUCGGCCCGGCGCCGGCCCCGUGCAUGGCUGCCCGAAGACAGCAUCCCGCGCGGACCAGCCCGGAUCGUUGCUAGAGAGAGAUCCAGUUGUCAUCGGUAUCCAGGAAGCCCUCCUCUUCUUUCUCCUCCUCCUCUUCCUGCUGCCAUUCAACCACCGCAAUUGCUGGUUGUUGCUAAGGUUGCCUCCAUGGUAACGUGUACGUCCUGUUUAUACCUCUGCCUGGGCAAGUCGGUCUGAGCUAGGAACCUAUCUACCCUGGUCCACCACGCCAUCCCCACCUGGGGACACCAAUCAUUGUGACACGAACGUCCGGCUUCCACUUGGUUCCCCCAGCUUCUUCCUCCUCUCACUGCCAACCUUACUCCUGAAGAGAAGAACUAGACUCAGGGUUGCUGCUGUGGAGCGUAUUGCACAAGACAGCUGGUCUGUCUCCUGACAGGGUCCCAAGAGCAGCAAGAAGUGCGACUAAAGAGGACUGGGAAGCAGGAGACGCCCACCUGUUGAAGGGGAGACCCCUCCACCCCUUGUCUGGGCUAGGGGCUUGGUAACAGCUGGCAAAAUGACGAACCCAUCAGAACAUGCUUUGCCAGCCAAUUCGCUGGCUGAGCCCCAUGAGGGGGACUUUGGCUGCACACUCAUGGACCUGAGGAAGCUCAUGGAGCUGCGGUCCACUGAUGCAGUGACCCAGAUCAACGUCCAGUAUGGAGGAGUCCAGAACCUCUGCAGUCGACUAAAAACCUCCCCUGUGGAAGGUCUCUCUGGGAACCCCGCGGAUCUGGAGAAGCGCAGGCAGGUGUUCGGGCAGAACCUGAUCCCCCCGAAAAAGCCCAAGACCUUCUUAGAGUUAGUGUGGGAAGCCCUCCAAGACGUCACCCUCAUCAUCCUGGAGAUCGCCGCCAUCAUCUCCCUGGUCCUGUCCUUCUACCGGCCGCCCGGGGGAGAGAAUGAGCUGUGUGGUCAAGCCACACACAGCGCAGAUGAUGAAGGGGAGGCGGAAGCUGGCUGGAUCGAGGGGGCGGCCAUCCUCUUCUCGGUGAUCAUCGUGGUGUUGGUGACGGCUUUCAAUGACUGGAGUAAGGAGAAGCAGUUCCGGGGGCUCCAGAGCCGCAUUGAACAGGAACAGAAGUUCUCCGUCAUCCGAAAUGGCCAGCUCAUCCAGCUGCCAGUGGCUGAGAUUGUGGUGGGCGACAUCGCUCAAAUCAAAUACGGUGACCUGCUGCCAGCAGACGGGGUCCUGAUCCAGGGGAACGACCUCAAGAUUGACGAGAGCUCCCUGACGGGAGAAUCGGAGCACGUCAAGAAGUCCCUGGACAAAGACCCCAUGCUGCUCUCAGGAACUCACGUCAUGGAAGGUUCUGGCCGGAUGGUAGUGACCGCUGUGGGUGUCAACUCCCAGACUGGAAUUAUUUUUACCCUGCUGGGGGCCAGUGAGGAUGAUGAGGAGGAAAAGAAGAAGAAAGGCAAAAAACAAGGAGUCCCUGAAAAUCGCAACAAAGCAAAGACCCAGGAUGGCGUGGCCCUGGAAAUCCAGCCUCUCAACAGCCAGGAGGGGGCCGACAACGAGGACAAGGACAAGAAGGCGGCCAAAGUGCACAAGAAGGAGAAGUCGGUGUUGCAGGGCAAGCUGACGCGCCUGGCCGUCCAGAUCGGGAAAGCGGGUCUCAUCAUGUCUGCCAUCACUGUUGUCAUCCUGAUCCUGUACUUUGUGAUUGACAACUUCGUGAUCCAGGGGAGACCGUGGCUAGCUGAGUGUACCCCUGUCUACAUCCAGUACUUUGUCAAGUUCUUUAUCAUCGGCGUCACAGUGCUGGUGGUUGCUGUGCCCGAGGGGCUGCCGCUGGCCGUCACCAUCUCCCUGGCCUAUUCGGUGAAGAAAAUGAUGAAAGACAACAACCUUGUGCGGCACCUGGACGCCUGUGAGACCAUGGGCAACGCCACGGCCAUUUGCUCUGAUAAGACGGGCACACUGACCAUGAACCGUAUGACUGUGGUACAGGUGUAUGUUGGGGGCACCCAUUACCACCAGGUCCCAGGCCCUGACGUCUUCGUGCCUAAGGUCCUGGACCUUAUUGUCAAUGGCAUUUCCAUCAACAGUGCUUAUACGUCCAAGAUUCUGCCUCCAGAGAAGGAGGGAGGCCUACCGCGGCAGGUGGGCAACAAGACCGAGUGUGCCCUGCUGGGUUUUGUCACUGAUCUGAAGCAGGACUACCAGGCGGUGCGCAACGAGGUGCCCGAGGAGAAGCUCUUCAAGGUGUACACCUUCAACUCAGUGCGCAAGUCCAUGAGCACCAUCAUCCGCAAGCCCAGCGGCGGCUUCCGCAUGUACAGCAAGGGUGCCUCCGAGAUCAUGCUACGCAAGUGUAACCGAAUCCUGGACAAGAAAGGGGAGGCCAUGCCAUUCAAGAACAAGGACCGAGAUGACAUGGUGCGCACCGUCAUCGAGCCCAUGGCCUGCGAGGGGCUGCGCACGAUCUGCAUCGCUUACCGGGACUUCGAUGACGCCGAGCCCUCGUGGGACAAUGAGAGCGAAAUCCUCACCGAGCUCACCUGCAUUGCCGUCGUGGGCAUCGAGGACCCCGUGCGCCCAGAGGUCCCAGAAGCUAUUGCCAAAUGCAAACGAGCUGGCAUCACCGUCAGAAUGGUGACCGGAGACAAUGUCAACACAGCCAGAGCCAUUGCCACCAAGUGUGGCAUCCUGACACCCGGAGAUGAUUUCCUGUGCUUAGAAGGCAAAGAAUUCAACCGACUCAUCCGCAACGAGAAGGGCGAGGUGGAGCAAGAGAAGCUGGACAAGAUCUGGCCUAAGCUUCGGGUGCUAGCGCGGUCCUCACCCACGGACAAGCACACACUAGUGAAAGGUAUCAUUGACAGUACUGUGGGGGACCAGCGGCAAGUGGUGGCUGUCACUGGUGAUGGCACGAACGACGGGCCCGCCCUCAAGAAAGCAGACGUUGGUUUUGCCAUGGGGAUCGCAGGCACAGAUGUGGCAAAGGAGGCGUCAGACAUCAUCCUCACCGAUGACAACUUCACCAGCAUCGUCAAGGCCGUGAUGUGGGGACGCAACGUGUAUGACAGCAUCUCCAAGUUCCUGCAGUUCCAGCUGACGGUCAACGUGGUGGCCGUGAUCGUGGCCUUCACGGGAGCCUGCAUCACCCAGGACUCGCCCCUGAAAGCUGUGCAGAUGCUCUGGGUCAAUCUGAUCAUGGACACAUUCGCUUCGCUGGCCCUGGCCACAGAGCCACCCACGGACUCGCUGCUGAAGCGCCGCCCCUACGGCCGGAACAAGCCCCUGAUCUCACGGACCAUGAUGAAGAACAUCCUGGGCCACGCGGUCUACCAGCUCACUGUCAUCUUCUUCCUGGUCUUUGCUGGUGAUAAGUUCUUCGACAUCGACAGCGGGCGGAAGGCGCCCCUGCACUCGCCGCCCAGCCAGCACUACACCAUCGUCUUCAACACCUUUGUGCUGAUGCAGCUCUUCAACGAGAUCAACUCUCGCAAGAUCCACGGCGAGAGGAACGUGUUUUCUGGCAUCUACCACAACCUCAUCUUCUGCUCUGUGGUCCUGGGCACAUUCAUCAGCCAGGUUCUCAUCGUGGAGUUUGGGGGCAAGCCCUUCAGUUGCACUAAGCUCAGCCUGUCCCAGUGGCUGUGGUGUCUCUUCAUCGGGAUUGGAGAACUGCUAUGGGGCCAGAUCAUCUCAGCCAUACCCACCCAGUCCCUCAAGUUCCUGAAGGAGGCUGGCCACGGCACAGCCAAGGAGGAGAUCAGCAAGGAUGCCGAGGGGCUGGACGAGAUCGACCACGCUGAGAUGGAGCUGCGCCGAGGCCAGAUCCUGUGGUUCCGGGGCCUGAACCGCAUCCAGACCCAGAUCGAAGUAAUUAACACAUUCCAGACGGGAGCCUCUGUUAAGGGAGUCCUAAGGCGGCAGACCAUGGGGCAACACCUUGAUGUAAAACUGGUUCCUAGCUCAUCCUAUAUCAAAGUGGUCAAAGCCUUCCAUAGCUCCCUCCACGAAAGCAUUCAGAAACCCAAGAACCAGGACUCCAUCCACAGCUUCAUGACCCACCCUGAGUUCGCCAUAGAUGAGGAGUCGCCACAAACACCACUCUUAGAUGAGCAAGAGGAAGAAAAUCUGGAAAAGGCUUUGCAAUCCGGACCACAGGCGUUCCCGCUGGAUGGCGAAGCCACUCCGUACGCCAACAAAAACAACAACGCCGUGGAUCGCACCCAAGCGCAAGCCGCUGCCUCCCGCUCAGACAGCCCUCUGCACAGCCUGGAGACCUCGGUCUGAACUUGCCUCCUCUGUCCUCCCCCGUGCCCUCCCUACUUCCCUUUUCAUAUGUCCCAUCCAUGAGGUGACCGUACAACUUUGCGCUGAUGUGUCGGCCACUCCCAGGUGUGUGGGGACACCCCUACACCCCACCACCACCACUACCACCUGACCAUGAAGAGGCAAAAAAGGCAGAGACCUACCUGAAUUGCAACCUAACCUUGAGCUGGGGUUUGUAGUGGAACCCUGUAGAACCCCAGGCGGGCAAUGGUAGCCCUUUCUCCACCUUGGGGUGGCAGGUUCCCUCUGUCCAGCAAAGAUGAUGAUCCCGUUGGUGGCGUCACCCCAGCCCAGGCCCUCCCUGGUAUCUGUACGUGCGUGACCUUCUGACUUCUGGAUGUUAUCCUGAGUCUGUGCCAUGGACGAGCCGCGUGGAGAGUUCAGGGUCAGACUGGCAGCCUCAAGGGCAACGCAGAGGUCUGGCUAGGAUGGGUAGAAUCAGUGAUUAUUUUGCAAACAACUUGGCCCAAUUCAAAUGCUUCUAGCUCUUUCUGCCCUUCCAAUCAAACCUCCCCAGGAUCCUUCCAGUCUCUUCUAACCUUCGCUGUCUUCCUUUCCUUUACUUUAUUUUGUUUCUGUUUUUCAAUCUUGCGAUCAAGAGACUAGAAAGGACGUCAGACAAAUCGAGGAGACUCUGGCCAUUCUCCUUUCUAGCCCUGUGGAAACCUCAGUGUAGCUGCAAGGCAGUUGGGUUCCUUUCCGGAAAGGUCCUUGGGAAGCAAGUAAGAGCCGAGAGGAUGGUCACCCUGCUGCCAGGUUCCCUUCCACUUCUGCUAAACAGCCAUCUGGUCAGGCGGGUGUGUGACUGGCAGGUAUCUGGGAGUGCAGCCUCGACCAGGAAGCUUGCAUGUGUCAGAUAGAAACAGUCCUGACCUUGGCCCUGAGUGCACUCCCUGCUGUUUCUCAAAUGGUGGCAGAAGAGUGAAUCAGGGUGACCCUGCCCCCACCCCAAAUCCAAGAAUCAGGAAGCUGGCAGGUCUAAGACAGGCCUUUAGAGCAGACAGACACACGUGGAAAAACCACACGGCUUUCAAAGCCAGAGCAGGGCCUGGGCUGCUAGGUGCAGGAAGCCAGAGGGCUACUCAGGAAGGGCUGGAGAAAGCCUCCCCCUAGGGGCCAAGAACCCUGCAUUCUGAUGCCUGCACCUGCCAGCUGGCCUGCAUGGCCACUUCAGCUUUUAGGUUUGCUCUCUGCCACACCCCACUACUUACCAGCCUCUGGGAAGGCCUCCCCCACCCCGACCUCAGCUUUUCCUGGUCUUCUGAGAGGGAGAGCCUGUGAUGAUGUACUGCCUCACGCGAGCAGCGGGCCCAGCCUGAAGAGCCCCCCUGCUUGCUGUCUUCUCUCUCUCCCCCACCACCACCACGCGCCCUCUCCAGCAGCACAUCCCAGCUGCCACACAGCACAGCCCCGGGUGCCUUCUCCCCCCUAACCCCCGGAACACUGCCUAGAGCCUCCCCUCCCCACGUGCCUCUCGGGAGCUUGGCAGGAGGAAGCCCCUGCCCAUUCCUGCCCACGGUGACAACCUUGUCUUCUGUG